AUGACGACAAAGGAAAUUUCGUUUUCCCCACCCCACCCUUUGUAUAUUAUUCUUUUGAAGAUUCUUCGUUGUCAAGCCGCCAAAGUGGAGAGUGUGAUUGCAGAAGGGGGUGCUUCUCGUUUCAGUGCUUCUUCGGGCGGAGGAGGAGGUAGGGGUGCACCUCAGCACUAUCCCAAGACUGUCGGCAACAGCGAGUACCUGGGGAAAACCCCAGGGCCUAGCGUUCAGAGAUGGGUUCCUUCACGAAGCACUAGACGAGAUGUCAACUCCUCCAACGAAAAAGAACGACACGAUGCAAUCUUUAGGAAAGUAAGAGGCAUACUUAAUAAGCUGACCCCUGAAAAGUUUGACAAGCUAUGCCUUGAGCUCCUGAAUGUGGGCGUAGAUUCUAAACUCGUCCUAAAAGGAGUCAUCUUGCUGAUUGUAGACAAAGCCCUUGAAGAGCCCAAGUAUAGCUCGCUAUAUGCUCAGCUAUGUCUGCGCUUGGCAGAAGAUGCACCAAACUUUGAUGGCCCUUCACCUGAGAUUCAAACAUCACAAAAGCAGAGCACGACAUUCAGGAGACUUCUGAUUUCUAAGCUUCAGGAUGAAUUUGAAAACCGCACCAGAAAUGUUGAAAUCUAUGACAAACAUGACAACCCUCUUACCUCUGAGGAAGAGGAGCAGCGUGCCAUUGCCAAGAUCAAGAUGCUGGGCAAUAUCAAAUUCAUUGGGGAACUUGGCAAACUCGACCUUAUCCAUGAAUCUAUCCUUCAUAAGUGCAUCAAAACACUUCUGGAAAAGAAGAAGAGAGUCCAACUUAAGGAUAUGGGAGAGGAUUUGGAGUGCCUCUGUCAGAUAAUGAGAACUGUGGGGCCUAGACUAGAUCAUGAAAAAGCCAAGUCGUUAAUGGAUCAGUACUUUGGCCGUAUGCGAUCCUUAAUGAACAACAAGGAACUGCCAGCUCGGAUUCGCUUCCUGCUGCAGGACACUGUGGAGCUGCGAGAAAACAACUGGGUUCCUCGCAAAGCUUUUAUCGAUAAUGGACCAAAGACCAUUAACCAGAUUCGUCAGGAGGCCGUAAAGGAUUUGGGUGUUUUUAUUCCACAAAUGAACCAGGGAAUGAGGACUGAUUUCUUUUUGGAAGGCUCCUUCAUGCCAACCAGGAUGAAGCUGGACAGAGAAACACUCGGGGGAUUGGCUGAUAUGUUUGGGCAGAUGCCAGGUAGUGGGAUCGGCACUGGUCCGGGAGUCAUUCAGGACCGAUUCUCACCCACUAUGGGGCGUCACCGCACAAACCCGCUCUUCAACGGACACAGCGGACACAUCGUUCCUGUUCCCCAGUCUCAGUUCGACAUGGGGGGCAAGACUUUCAAGUCCAACCAGGGGCAGAAUCAGCAUUUCCACAACCAGAACCAGAGCCAUUCAUCCCAGCAGCAAGUCCAGUCCAAGGACAUGCCGCCUCGGUUCAUUAAGAAAGGCCAGCUCAAUGCCGACGAGAUUAGCCUGAGGCCAGCUCAGUCAUUCCUCCUGAAUAAAAACCAAGUGCCAAAGUUGCAGCCGCAGAUCCCAACGAUGAUUCCCCCGAGCGCACAGCCUCCCCGCACUCAGACUCCUCCACUGGGACAGCCCCCACAGCUUGGUCUCAAAACCAACCCACCUCCCAUCCAGGAAAAGCCUCAGAAGACCAGCAAGAAGCCACCUCCCGCCAGGGAAGAGCUGCUUAAGAUGACGGAGACCGUGGUGACGGAGUACCUGAGCAGUAAGAACAUGGCCGACGCGGUGAACGGCGUGAGGGAGAUGAAGGCUCCGAAGCACUUCCUGCCCGAGAUGCUGAGCAAGAUGGUGGUGUGCUCCCUGGACCGCUCCGACGAGGACAGGGAGCACGUCAGCACGCUGAUCCACACGCUGCGUACCGAGGGCCUGGUCUCCGGGGAGAACUUCAUGCAGGCUUUCCUGAACGUGCUGGAGCAGUGUGCUAAGAUCGAGGUGGACAUCCCCCUGGUGAAGUCGUACCUGGCGCAGUUUGCGGCGCGGGCGAUCAUCGCCGAGCUGAUCAGCGUGGCGGAGCUGGCGCACCCGCUGGAGAACGGCACGCACUUCCCCCUCUUCCUGCUCUGCCUGCAGCAGACGGCCAAGCUGAAAGACCGCGAGUGGCUGACCGACCUCUUCCAGCAGAGCAAGGUCAACAUGCAGAAGAUGCUGCCUGAGAUUGACCAGAAUAAGGACCGCAUGCUGGAGAUCCUGGAGGGCAAGGGGCUGAGCUUCCUCUUCCCCCUGCUGAAGCUGGAGAAGGAGCUGGUGAUGCAGAUCAAGGCAGACCCGUCUCCUCAGGCCAUCUACAAGUGGAUCAAGGACAACAUCUCGCCCAAGCUUCACACCGACAAGGGCUUUGUCAACAUCCUCAUGACCAGCUUCCUGCAGUACAUCGCCCACGAGAUGUGCAUGACGGAAGGGGACGAGCAGCUCUCCGCUCCCUCCAAGGAACAGCUGGACCAGGAGAAGCAGCUGCUGCUCGCCUUCAAGCCCGUGAUGCAGAAGUUCCUGCACGACCACGUGGAUCUGCAGGUCAGCGCUCUGUACGCCCUGCAGGUCCACUGCAACAUCAACGGCUUCCCGAAGGGCAUGUUGCUGCGCUACUUUGUCAACUUUUACGACAUGGAGAUAAUUGAAGAAGAAGCCUUCCUCGCAUGGAAAGAAGAUAUUACCCAAGAAUUCCCUGGAAAGGGAAAAGCGUUAUUCCAGGUGAACCAGUGGCUGACCUGGCUGGAAACAGCUGAAGAAGAGGAGUCUGAGGAGGAAGCUGACUGAGGAAUCAGCCAAAGCCUUAUAGUGCAGAAAUCAACUAUUGAUAUGAUACUGCUUUUCCCUCUGCCUGUCCUUCCUGUGACGCUUGUACCUAACCACUGCAGACAUCCAUUCCGCUGUAAAGUUCUCCCUGUAAAGCUCAAGCAUGUUACCCCGCCCCCCCGCCUUUUUGUUUUUGUUCUGGCAUAAGGUCUUAAGCGCGUAAGGGCAGACCGUCGUGUUUUCGAGGCUUCCUUUUGACAUCGGUGCUUUAGAAGCAUGAAACGACACCAUGUGAUUGGCCCAGCGACGGUGGCGUCUGCCCAGGGCUAGCCCUGCAGCCGUGGUCUGUGCACGCUAUGAGUUUUCACCUGCUUAGGCAAACUGUAGAAAUGCACUUUUCUCAGUGUAACACUUUUACUUUCUGUAAUUUUUUUUGUUAUUGCGAUAUUCAUCCAUCCCUUGAUCUGCCUCAAAGGAAUCCUAAAAUGUUAACCUCUCGGUUUCCGUAGCGUUUGAAUAGUUGCUGCCCACGUUUCUACCUCCUAGUGCUGGGCUUUAUGUGCUGGGUAUAGAAGAUCUCAAGUCCCUGUUCUCAAAGGAAACGAGGAGUAGCCUGCACAGGUGCACAAGUCUUCAAUAAAAACAAAACUGGUUUAACUUGCACAGUAGAUCCUGAUUGUGAAAGAUCAAAUCAUGCCAUUUUUAAGUGCUUUUUUUCCACCGCCCUCCCCCACCCCUGACCCCUUUCUAGAUGUGUGGAAGACUGUUCACCCACUUUCAGGUUUAACUUGUGUUCACAUGCCCACCCCACUCCAUCCCAUCCCACCCCACCCCAAUUCUGUAUCUGUCAAACAUUUUGAUACUUGAAUUUAUUUUCUUCUGCUUUCUCCUCACAGUGUUUUUUUUCAGGGACUCUUAAAUUCAGCCUGUUCAGUUACAGCAACUUGAUCGAACCAUAGAAAGUGUAACAAAGCGAGCUUUUAAUUUUUUUUUUUUUUUAAUUGGUAAAAUAAAACAAAUUGACUUUAACAAUUGUCUAAAUAUGGAUAUUUUAGAACUAUUCAAAAUCAUGGAAAACGUUUUUAAAAUGCAUUCUGCCCCGCACGUAACAAUUUCACUCGGCGUGCUUAUGAGACCUACGUCUGUAAAAGGAACCGCUUUCUAUUUAAAAGUGUUAUUGUAAUGUGUAAGUGCUGAGAAUGUUCUGUGUACCACUAUUGCUUAACUUUCAGUAAAGUUAAACACUUAAGAUCAAUAAACCUUGUCCUUAGUCUGUGUGUA